AUGGCGUGGCGAUACAACGCGACCACCGCCAACGGUGCCCCCGGCUCUUCUCGCGGUGGCUUCUUUGCUGCCGCUAACAACAACGGCAAUGGGGCACUGACUGGUGUGGGUGGCGGCAUGUUUGGAAAGUCCCCUAAUGUCGUCUCCGGUGCGGGCGCUUUUUUGCGCAACAACGCUUCCCCCACAUUGGAGCCUGAAGAGCAUGACACUAGUGAAGAGGAUGAGGAGCAACUGGCCCACGAUGAGCACCCCAGUGUGAAUGAUGGCGUCAUGGGACUACAAGGAGCAGCGAGCAGCAGGGCUGCUGCUGGUCCCACCGUCACCACUGAACCACCGCCCAUUUUUGGCCGCAGUCAAGCUCCCACAAAAUCACUGGGGGGCGCCUUUUUGCGAAACGUGGUGCUCAAGAAAAACGGAUCGUCUUCUGCUGCUUUUGGUCGUGCCCCUGGCGGGGGCGGGGAGUCGGUGUGGGGAAGAGGUCCAGCUGGUUUCAUUCCACGAAAGCUGUUUGAUCGUGACGCUGCGGAGGAUGAUGAGGACGACUAUUACGAUGAGGAAGAGGAAGGAGUCACUAGCAGUGUAGAUCGUGAAUUUGUGCGCAAUGCCAAGGAACUGUUCGCUGAGGUUGAUAGAGAGCUUCUUGCCGAUGAUUUUGUCCCGUACGAACACGUUGUGCAGAUCAUCGCCUCUGAAGAUGGUGCAACGGCCACCCCAGGCGAAAUCGACGAGCGGCUGGCACCCUACUGCGAGCUCCAGGAGGAACUGGACGCCAUGCUUGGUCGGUACAUUGAGGCACACCACGAUGAGUUCAACGAGGCGAUUGCAGGGUUUUCAGAUAUGAUUUUGGCUGUCUCUGGCAGUGACGAGAUGUUGGGGCGGUUGAAGCAGCAGCUGAUUGCGGCAGCCACCUCCCUUGACAACCGUUCAGAGCAACUGAAGGUACUGCGCAUGCGUGCGGCGAAGGCACUUCUCAUGGCGGAGUCCCUGAAGGGGCUGGAGGCAUCGCUUUCGUGUGAGUCCGAGGUGAAGCAGCUCAUUGCUACACAUCACUACCUCGCGGCAGUGCGCUUGCUGCAGCAGCAUAAGACCCGGCUGAAUACACCGGAGGUUGCCGAGAUACGCGCGACGCAGGUGCUGCGGGAGUACGUGAACGGAACGCUAGAAACAAUGCACACAACGGUGCUGGACGAGCUGAUGAGCUGCGUGUUUCGGCGGGAGCGGCUCAAUGAGGCGGAUGCACAGCUGGUGGGUCGCAUGCUGGAGGACGGUGCCUCCGAGAAGACACCUGCUACUAUGAAUGUUCUCGCUACACUUUGCGAAGAGACACAGCGGUGCAGGGGCAGCAUGGGCAGGGACAAAGUGACACUCGCAACUGUUCUUAAAAAUGUUUACGAUGACCCGAACAAUGAUAACGUGGUGAGGAACUAUCUGCACUUCAUUCCGCUUUGCGUCCGGACGCUUCAGGAGCUAGGGAAACUGGAUCGCUGCUACGAGGCCUUCUUUUCCAAGGCGACGCGCAGCAUUGAACAGUCCAUUGCCCACUUUCUCCGCCUUUACGGUGUAUGGCGACAACGCGCGGCCAGCUCGACAAGUGUUGCCGGCAGCUCUGACGCCGCCACGGUGCGUGCAACGAAGCUUCAGGGAAAGGAGCUUGCGUCACCCAUCAUGUCGUAUGACGAGGCUGUGGCACUUGUUCAGCAGCAGGAGCUCCGGGCGAUGCUGAAUGCCCUUUUUGCGGAACUGGAGAAGAUUGUGCGCAACGCGGAUUUUCUCAUCAAGGUCAUUCUCAUUGCAUACUUCCCGUUUCUCUCCACGUGCCUGAUGCAGCCUGAUGCCUUCGAUCCCGACCGUACCUACCGUGAGUGGGACAUUACACAGACGCCGCUGCGAGACGUGGAGAAGAUGCGGGAGAUUGUGGCAUCCGCCUUCUCCACAGCGCUCUCUCAGCGAGCUGGGCAGGUGGAAGACGGUGUCGAAAGUGCUUCAAUGGUGGCGCUGAAGCGGCUCAUAGUGAAGCUCGACGUGGAUCAAACACUUGCAGCAUUGGCGGCUGACAGCAACUCUAAAAACAAAAACAUAACUACUCCUGGUGAUGUUGAUGUUGAUGGCAGUGGUGGUGGUGUGUGCCUGAGUGGUGUACUGAACGCAAUUGAUGUGGCGGCGCAGUCGGUGGUGAGGGAGUUUCCAGAGGGCGAUGUGGAUUUGGUCAUGGCGUGCCGCCGUGAGCUUGGCGGCCUCAUCACGUCAAUGGUGCAGCAGGCCUUUCGUCAAGAUGUGAAGGAGAUGCACGCACAAUGGGACCUUCAGGUACUUUCAUCGCAGCUCGGGUACUACAUCGAGCUCAUCUUUCACGUGCUGUGCGACGCCAAGGAGGUGGAGGAGGACCUUGGUGACGAGAUUGCCCUCAAGCCAUUCCUCAGGCAUCGCAAUCUCACCAGCCGCGUGCAGCGGGCGGCGGAGAUUAUGAGCGGUGGCGCUGUCGACACGUUCUCCUCCCUUGAGAAGAUGGUGUCGACGCAGAGCCCCACAGGACUCCUUGCGGUGAUGGAGCAGACGGGGCGUGUGUCCUUCAGCCUUGUGGUCGCCGUAAAGUGCGCGCAACGUGACCUGAAGCGCGCCAACGAGGGGCAAGUGCGGCAGUCCAACGUGGUGUCAGCGGCAGCAACAACAGCGAUGAGCUCCAGCGGCGGAAGCGGCGGCCCUCUCGUUCUGAAGCAAGCAGGGACACUCAAGAACUGGUUCGUACUGACACCAAUGAAUGUGCUGACGUGCUUCGAGUGCACGCGUCGUUUUUAUCUGCGCUGCCGUGAGCGUGCACCACGCUUUGCGAGUGCGCCUCGUGAUGAGAUGAGGGAAUUCUUUCGCCGCUUUUUGCAGACUACUUAUGUGCCGACUCUGUACAUUUUCCACGCGCAGCAGCUGAGGCGGCUCUUUGCCGACGUGUCGGAGGCUGAACUCGGUGCCGACGAUAACGCUACCAACGCUGAAGCGAAGAAGCCACAGCCACAGAUGCCAGCGGAGCCGCUGGUGCAUCAUCUCAAGGCACGGCAGGAGGGCAUCAAGUGGCCAACCGUCACGCUUCGUCAAGGCAGUGGAAGCGGCCACCCCGUUCUGGCGUGCGUGCACUACGUUGGUCAGGUGCUGCAGAAGGUGUCGAAUUUACGCCGCACGCUGCCCAACAGCCUCGCGGAGGCCGUGCAGCAAAACAUCGCGGAGACGCUGUUGACGGAGCUCACGCUAUUUCUCAAGAAAAAGCAGCAGCUCAUCACGCUCGGUUCGCUGCACUUUCGCUUGCUCUGUGCGGACCUAGAGGAGGCAUUCGCUGGCCGCCCCACGCCUCGCUGGCUGGCUCUGUGCGACAGUGCGCAUCUGUGGGACGCCCACAACACCAUCGACGCUGACCUCUUCCGCUACUACGCGUACAAUAACGCGCAGCGCACGAGCGGCCAUCAGUACAACCAAACCAGCCGGGAAAUGGGUCGUGACCUCGUUAGGGAGGUGAACAGCAGCAGCAGCAGCAGCAGCAGCAGCAAUAACCACCAAAGCAAUGGUAGUGACCUCGACCCUAUCAUCGGCGCCACACCUGCUGCGGAGCUCGCGCUUCGGGGUGACGGCAUGUCGGUGGCGCUCGCAUUGAUUUGCCAUUCGACGGAGUGGUUGUGCGACAUAGCACUGCAGACAGUUGGACCUGAGGGUUGGCAGCUGAAAGACACCACCGAGGGUCUCGUACCGGGGGCUACGUUCGUUCAGCAGUAUGAGCGGUGGGCGGGUCCUUUGGCGCCAACUGCUGCAAGCGAUAUCUCACGUUGGCUCCGACUUGGGUUGAUUCUCCGACAAAUGUACACACUUUCCCAGUCAUGCCUAUUCUAUUUGUCAAUUGAAGCUCGAUUCGCCGCCUUUCAGUUUAUUCCGCAGCUGCGGGAUGAGUCAUACAAUAUUGUGGCUACCUCAUAUACACCCGACACAUUUGUACAGGCAUACAACCGCCGCAUCACAAAUUUCUUUGCGCUGCUGAGGCUGCACCUCUCCGAGAAGAAGAGGAAGUACGUUGGUAUUACGGUGGCGAAGCCUCUGGGCGACCUGAUCAUGGUGGAGAUUGCCCACCUUCGCGACAAGGCAAUAUCGCCUGCGGGAUUGAUGCGGCUGCAGCUGAACCUCCUCUCGAUGGAGACGGCGCUUCAGCUGGUCCUCCCCACAGACGACGACGUGCGUGACGCGGUGAAGUACUACUUCGCCCGCCCCGCCACGUUCUUGCGGUAUCUACCCAACAAGGACGUUACCAACGACCUCGUGACGAGCGGUGACUACAGGUACUUCUCGAUGCACGAGAUGGAGGAGCUGGUGAGGCUCGUGUUCCGCUUGGAGGCGAGUGACGACGUUGUGGCGCAGCAGAUACGCCUGCUGCACGCCAAGCUGCAGAGACCCGCCGUCGAGCCCACUGCAUCCCCGCCAAAGGGAAAUCCAACCUCUCAACAGCCUCAGCCGCGGCGGCAACAACAACAACAACAACCCCAGAAAGAGGAAGACGAGGAGGAACCGAGUGAAGAGACAGAUGAAGAUGAAGGUGAAGAGGAUGUGGCUGAUGAAAUGGUGCUGAAGCCGGUGGCGCUGCAGACACCACGCCACGUGGACCCGAGGAAUGUUGUUGGGGUUCCGCGCUUGCCAGCAGCCGUACCACCGGAACGGCGGAUGGUGAAGCCUCCAGGGCCGAGGAAGACGGAGGGGGCUGAUGAGGAGGAAGAAGAAGAGGAAGAGGAGGAAGAAGAGGAGGAGGGGGAGGAAGAAGAAGAGGAGGAAGAAGAAGAGGAGGAGGAAGAAGAGGAAGAGGAGCAGAGUGCCAGGCAAGUUGGUGGAGCGGUGCGUCGCUGA